GUGAGAGAGAGAGAGAGAUAGGGUAAGAGAGAAAGAGAAGUUCAGUCCUGAUCAUUGGGACCCUCAGGACCACACCAGUUUUUUUAAUCUGUCGUUCGCUUACUUAAAUUAGACUAUUUAGAGUUUUAAUAUGGAACAGUUAAUGUAAACACCAAUUUUUCUACAAGAAACGUUUUAAAAAGAAAUAGCAAUAGUUAACGUUAUCAUUUUAAACGAACACACUUCAGCUCUAAGGAUUUCAGUUGCACUGGAUGUUAUGGAUUUGCUAUUUCUGCACACUGGACAUUUAUUUUGUGUGGAAGCUACGUCGACGACAUAGUUGUGGGAUUUCCUUCAGACUGAAGGCGAUUAAUUUCGGAAGUUUUUUUUUUCGAUUCAAUGAGUCUUGGCGUCCAGCAGUGGACGAUGCUUCAAGUUCUCGGCGGAUUUCAGAUAAAGAGUGAAACUGACGGAUAGGCGUCUUGGUUUGAAGGAGUCAUUCCUCUCCUAAAAUACCCCUCAGGGAUUCUCGCCUCUUCCUCCGAAGACCUGUUUCCCAUCCAUCAGCGAACACACAAAGACUGGAACUGAAAAUAGCCUCCUGUAGUUUUCUAUAUCACACUCAGGAUGCAAACCGUUUCAACGGUCACCGGUCUCAGUUUCUAAUCGCAAACCAACUUAACGUUUCACGAGCCUGAGAGACGUGGAAGCACAACAAAUUAAGAUUCUUGAGAAAGACAGAGGUGGAUUACAGCAGCCAUGGCGGCCAUAGCAACAGUGCCCAACUACACUCCAUCUGUAUGGGUACGGUUAUGCCAUGCCAUUCCUCGCCUGAGCUUGACCAUGCAGAUGCGAGACAGUGUGUUCACUCCAGACAGCUGGGAGUACCAGCAGACUCUGCUAGUGUUGUCCAGCUUCUCUGCCAUCGCUCUUGUACUCUCGCUGCUGGUGAUUCUGUGUUUCCUCAUCCACUACUGCUGCUGCCAUCGGGGCGAAUCAGGCAGAGAUGCAGAGGAGGAAGAGGAAGAUGAUGAUGCCAGCGGUGGCCAUGGUUACAGCGGCAAAAAGGGGCGGGGCAUCUGCUGUGUCACAUGGGUGUCGGUUGCAGCCGUCACAUUGUGUUGUGUUGCCAUAGGGGUUGGUUUCUACGGCAACAGUGAGGCGAACGAUGGGAUGUAUCAGUUGACCUCAUCCUUGCUCACUGCCAAUUACACACUGGCUUCCAUCGAUCUUCUGGUUUCAGACACCAUUUCCGGCCUGCAGCGGUCAGUCUCAGGACCUUUGACUUCCAUGGAGGAUGUGUUUGGAGGACACAAACCAGCGCUGGUGCCCACGCGCUCCUGCAGGCGUCUGUCAGAGCGGGUCGUGUCUCUGCUCUCCAACCUGACUCUUGGAAGAGGCCUGAUCCCCAUCGCCGAUGGCUUUUACAGAACAAACGGAAGCGAAAGUAUAGUAGGAGCCCUCACUCCUGCUCCACCUUCUGUAGCGCCAACCCUCAGUCCAUCAGCCAACAGCAUUCCUGCGCCAUUCUCUCCUGGAUGGGCGGCAAACACCCUCAUGGUGAAUGAAGACUACAGGUGGCUAUCAUACGUGCUGCUGCUUUUGGUGGAUCUGGUGGUGUGUUUCUUCAUUCUCCUGGGUUUAGCCAAACAGGCCCGCUGGCUACUUAUUCUGAUGACAGUGCUGGCCUGGCUGUCUCUGUUUAUGAGCUGGGGUUCUCUGGGUCUGGAAACACCCACUGUGGUGGCCCUGAGUGAUUUUUGCUUUGACCCAAACACAUUUGUGCUCAACUCCACUCACUUCAACUCUGGGACAAGCCCAGAAGUCCUGGAUUAUUACCUAACCUGCAGCAGGAAGAUGAGCAGUCCUUUCCAACAGAUACUGACCCAGUCCCAGAGAGCACUUUCCAGCAUCCACUCUCAUCUUUCCAGCCUGGAGAGAGAUGCUCUUCCACGCUUCCCAAAAGCAGAGAGGUCGCUCAGGGAGGUUCAGCAGAUCCUCAACACCACCGAGGGAAACUUCCAUCAGCUGGUGGCUCUUCUCAACUGUCGAGGCCUGAACAAGGAUUACGUGGACUCUCUGAAAGGCCUGUGUUAUGAUGGGAUGGAGGGGCUGCUCUAUCUGUCUCUCUACUCUUUUCUCUCCGCUUUGGGCUUCACUGCUAUUCUUUGCUCCCUCCCUGGAGCCUGGAGGAGCUUCCACAGUGAUUCAGAGGAUUAUGAAGACUCGGACAGUGAAAGCGAGGACCCCUUCACUUCUCAUCAGGCACGUAGACAGACGGCCACGGGCUCCCAGCGAGGGGCUUUGCCCCCCUUCUAUAGUUACCAGGGGGCCGCCUGGACUCCCCCCUUUUCUAGCGCACCUCCAUUACCGACUCCAAACGUUUCCUCCAAUGGCAACCCUGGUUAUGAGAAUCUGCCUUUGAGUGACAGACAGUCCCCACCCCCCUCUUACUCUCCCAGCAUGCUGACUGGCUACGGCGGCAGUCAAUCACACUCCAACCCCUCCCAUUCAAGAAACAUGUACUCGCACUAAUUAUUUUUCUGUAUAGUAGAAAAGAAAGCUAUAUAGCCAGCUUUAGUUUUCAUAUGGAUGGACACUUUAUGAGACGAGAGACUAAUUUAAAACAUUACAUGUUAAAUAUCCGUGCGUCAGUACCAUUGAGUCAUUUGGGUGUAACAGACUUACGAAAACCCCGUCACUUCCUCUCCCUCUAGUGUCGAUCUGUACAUAGCUGGUGGAAACAAGAUGGUAUUGACGUUAUAGUAGUGCUCUAUUUUUAAAUGUAUAACCACUUUAUUUUGGAGUUUUGAUAUUGUUAUAUGUAGUCACAGAAACAUAGUGGCGAUGGCACAAUUUCUUUGUAUGAUUAUACAGUUUUCUCUUCACCUUUCUUUUAUAAAUAUUUGACAGAACCCUAUUUUAUAAGUGGCGAUGCUGUACUACCUUGUAUACCCUCUGGUAUGAUUAUUUAUUUAUA